AUUACCCCCUCCAAUCCUUUUACCCCUCCAAUCCACUCGACUCGAUUCGUUCACUCUUUUCCUCUCUCUUUGACUCGCACCACACUCUUUCACUACACUACAUCACUCUCUCCUCUGCACUCCGCACCCCCCAUCACACCCCGCAACAAUGAAGCUCUCCACCGUCUGUCUCGCCCUCCUCGGCCUGGCCUCCCCCGCCCUGUCCACAGUCUACAUCACCUCACCCGUCGCAACCACGAGCGCAGACGGGGGUAAACGCCUCUCGAUCCAAUGGCAGGACAACGGCAAGUCACCCAAGAACAAGGCGUGGGGAGGAUACAAUAUCUGGCUCGCUGCUGGGAGUGAGAGUGCACAAUUCAAGUUGGACCAGGUUGCUUCUAACUUGGAUACCGACAAGGAGAAGAUCACUUACAAGGUGCCGAAGGAUAUUGGGCCUAAGGGCAAGUACUACUUCAUCCGCAUGGAGUCGACCAAGCAAGCAGCAAACGGUACGGCGGACUUUAUGGCUUUCUCUGCACGCUUCGAGCUGGACAACGUAACCGGCCAGUUCAACAGCACCGUCAUGGCCGCCGCGCAGGGCAAGGAGGGGGCCGCACCCGGUGCAGCUUCGUCCUCUGCUGCUGCUGGCGCGUCUUCCACGGGGGCUGCUACGGGUGCGAGCGGGUUUUCCACCUCGGCCCUGGGGGCCGCAGCUAGCCCUACCUCGAGCGCUGCCUCAGCGAGCAAGUCGGGUAGCUCAACGAGCGGUGCCGGAUUCAGCGGACAGGUCAACCUCGCUGCUAUCGCCGGUAUGGGAGCCGUUGCCGCUGGUGCUGUUGUGCUUCUCUAAGCGCGAGCGCGAGCACGAGCGACGCUCACCUCGAAUGGCUCGACACACGCAGCUUGAGGCGUCUGUGACGCUUCGCUGCCCCCAAUGAGCAAGACCUCAACACCAUUCUCAAUGUCAAGUCUGGCUCAUCUGUACCAAGCCCAUGCACGCCACACCCUACGCUUCCACAUGCUACGCUACCCACUUCGCUUCUUCUCGCUCACCUACCUGCUCUCGUCUUCGAUCUCGAUCAUCAUCAUCAUACACUCUUUCUUUUAUCUCUCUGUUUCUGUCAUUGUAGCGCUGCGCGCAAUCAGGAUGGCAUUCUCCACAACCCCG